ACUUACGGAACCUCCUAUCUGUCCAGCAAAACCAUACCUACUACUUGACUCUCGCUAACGUCAUAUCUCCAAGAUCUACCAUAGCAUUGUCAUAAUGCGUCUUCAAUCCAACCUCUUUUCCGCUCUUUGCGGCCUCGCAGCAGUCAGUGCGGAGUUCGCAGUCAUCACUGACGGCCCGAUGCCCACACCAAUCCCCCCUCCAUCGGUCACCGACGCCGCAGGGUCCUCAAGCUGGUCCCUGAGCAUUGAGCAAGAACUCCUGAGCCGAGUCUUCGCCUGGGCCACGGCGCAGCCGCUAUCUGCACUCAACAGCAUCAUGUCGGCCGAGAGCGAGCUCGAGAACUUUGUCGCGACAGCUACCUACGACAUACCACCCGUGGUGACAGACAAAUAUUCAGCGAAGUAUUACACGACUGUGCCAGAGUGGUAUUCCGCGCUGCCUAGCGAUGUGAAGACCUUUAACGACGAAGUAGUGAGCCUGGAACGGAGUAUCCUUGCGGAUAUGGGGUAUGCCGCAACGACUACGCCAGCUGAAGCAACGAAUGCCGCUCCAAAGGCCGCCGCGCCGGGCUACGGCUUACUGGCUGCUGCUGUGGCUGUGGCUGCUCUCCUGUGACCGCGGGAAGUGGAAUGACUGGUCCAAUACUUCAUGAUCAGGAGUGGCACAAAAUGGCAUCCCUUCCUUGAAGCAGAAAUCGCCAUCUCUAUGAGAAGUCAGACCGGACCAAGACCGGUGAGAGGGCGGGAAGGCAGAGGAAGUACUCCACAGGAGUGCUGGGGUGACAGGCACUUUCGCUAUCUACUGCCAAUCGAGGUUUCUUUGGACGUUACUGUUUGUACAAUAGCAGCCUUGCUGGGAGGUGUUGUCGUUAUCAGACAAGCAUACGUACUCAGUGACACCCUAUCUGCAUUUACCCGUCGGGUUCUUGGGGCUGUAGCAGCUUUGCU